AUGCCCGUCCGCCCCUCUCUAGAAGGAUCGACCUUCGACGCUGACCUUCGCGACCGUCACCUGAUAUACGACUACGACGCUCAAAACAGCGCCGGGCAACCCGAGAAAUGGCGAUAUGAGAUGUGGUUCCAAAACGAAGACCGCAUCAACUAUGCAAUCCACGGCGGGCCAAUGGCAGGUCGCAUCAACUUCCAAGCUGCGGAAUAUCAAUGCAUCCGGCCAGGCGAGCUAUGGCAAUGCAACUGGCUUGAAGAGACAGGCACAAUGUGCUCGCUCGUCUUCGACAUCCCUCGGCAAAAGAUCACCACAAUGCUGGGGUUUUCCAAGGGUCACUGGGAGAAGGCAGGGGAUGCGCAUGGUGACAAGAGGAAUCCGGCGGAUCUGGAGAGGUGGAGAGGCCUCGCGAAGAUUGGCAUCCAGACGGAGAGAGUGCUUUUGAGUGAGCAGGCGGAUAUUUUGGAGGAUUUCCGGGGGCCGGGAGAUUUGAAGCCUGUUGAUAAUAGUUGGCCGACUUUGUGA